AUGUGGCGAGGUGAGAAUUCGUGGCGAGGCUGCACACACACACAAUUGGCCCGUCCUGUUGGCUUUUGGAUCGAGUUCUCAGUCCCUCGCGUCAAACACGACGAGAACCGAAGAUCACUGUGGCCUAGUCGUUCGCAUUAUCGUCGCCCAUCGUCCAGUGGGUGGUCAGCUGGACCCGCCCACGUGUGUGGAACUGCCGCAGCUGACCUCGACGAGCGCUCUUGCGACGUAUCCCACUAUUGA